UUGUAAUGAGUAAAUACAAGAACUUUCUUUAAUUGAAUAAUACAUAAGAUUAUUGGUGCCUGAUUUCGGAAGGAAAUCACAUUUUGUUUUCAAGAAGCGAAAUUCCUGUUUAUAGAAAUGAGCCAACAGGUUAUAGUAGAAGGAGCGGUUGACGUAGGCAACAGAAUGGAUUACGACUACCUGAUAAAAUUCCUCGCUCUUGGUGAUUCUGGUGUGGGGAAAACUAGUUUCCUGUAUCAAUACACCGACGGGGUUUUCAAUUCAAAGUUCAUAUCAACGGUCGGUAUUGACUUUAGGGAGAAACGCCUGGUGUACAGAUCGCAAGGAAGAAGCCAGAGGAUACACCUGCAGCUGUGGGACACAGCAGGACAAGAGAGAUUUCGUAGCUUAACAACUGCAUUCUACCGAGAUGCCAUGGGAUUCCUGCUCCUGUUUGACCUGACUAACGAACAGUCAUUCCUCGAAAUACGGAACUGGCUCGAUCAGUUGAGGACACAUGCCUACUGCGAGGACCCUGAUGUUGUGUUGUGUGGGAACAAGUGCGACAUGGAAGACAGGAGAGUGAUAUCAGAACAGAAGGCGAAAGAAAUGGCUGAAAGAUAUGGGCUGGACUACCUGGAGACUAGUGCAGCGACAGGCCACAAUGUGGCGCGGGCGGUCGAGCUGCUGGUGGAACGCGUGAUGCGCCGCAUGGAGACGGCUGUGGACCGCGCGAUGCUGCCGGGCCGGAGGGGCCGCCCCCGCCAGGAAGGAGACCCGAGUGGCCCCGGGGGCGGAGCCGGCGUGGCCUCUGGGGGCGGUGGGGGUGGGGGCUGCUCCUGCUGA